AUGUACACAUGGACUCUCCACCUGCAUAUAGCUUUUACACUAAUUAUACACACAUUCGAUAUUAUUUUUAUUUCACUGAGUUAUAUAAUAUGCAUGUAUCACAUCAGUUAUCGGUUUGCAUUGUAUAUCUGUACAAUGAACAAUACAAAAAGGGGCUAUUGUUCCGUAAUGUUGCUAUAUAAAUUGAGUUCUGCAAGUGAGAGCGGGGAGAAUUAAAGAAAGGACAGAGAGGGUGGGGUGUGAAAGAAGGAAGAGGGGCUGGCUGGGAAGUGGUGUCGUCUAGACAGAAGUGGGCUGCUCAUCUGGAGAAGAUUCAACUCUCCGUCUCUUCGGCGGUGUCCCAACACUCUCCCCUGUGUCCAUGUCUUCCUGUCCGUCCCGGAGGGAAGGUGACAUGGUUUGCAGCUGUGUCCUUGGCCUCUCUCCCCCAUCUCCUCCCCCAGAAGUACCAGUAUCCUUAUGUUGGCUCGAGCCUUCCUUACUCGGAGGUACAGGAGUCGAUUUCCUCGCUGCUCCGGUCCCUCCCCCCUCCUUUCCUCCCAGAAUCUGCUGCUGUUGAUGGUGCAGUUGUUGGGAAAUGAACAGUUGUUGCUGCAGGAGCUGCUGCUGUACUCUCUCGUACUGAUGCUUGAGCUGCUCCAAGUCCCUCACGUUUGGACUCAGUGACGACGACGAGGGGGGAGGGGUGAAGGUGGUUUGCGAGAGUAAGGGAUUCUGUCGAGGAUCCACGUUUGGAGUCAGGAGAAAUGGUUGCCCCAUGUUUUGCGCCUGGAGGACUAUGUUCCCCGCGGACGAGUUGCCA